AUGGCUUGGACUGGAAACACAAGCUCAAACAGACCUCAGGAGGUUCAUCCGGCUCCGGCGACGGCAGCCGCCACUGCGACAGUUCCCGGGAUCAAUAACCCCUUUGAUCCAAAUGACCUAGCAAGUCCUUUCUUCCUGCAUCCGAAUGAGAAUCCAUCUUUGAUUCUAGUCUCUGCAGUUCUUGAUGGACGGAAUUACCAUCCCUGGGCUAGGGCGAUGGAAAUGGCUUUGCUCUCGAAGAACAAGCUAGGGUUCGUUGAUGGAACCAUAGCAGUACCGGACACCAAUGAUGUCAAGUUUCCCUACUGGAAACGAUGCAAUAACAUGGUAUCAACCUGGCUGAUGCGCUCCCUCUCUUCCGAAAUUGCACAAACCGUCCUCUGGGUAGGAACUGCAGAAAGAAUUUGGAAGACAUUGAAGUCUCGGUUUAGUGAGACUGACAUAUUUCGAAUCUCAGACCUGCACGCCGAGAUUCAUCAAAUUCGACAGGGAGACCUCAGCGUAGGGGCAUACUUUGCAAAAUUGAAGGUUCUAUGGGAUGAGUUACAGGUCAUACGACCAUUGCCCACCUGCAGUUGUGCACGGAGAUGCAAUUGUGGUUUAUUGGAGAAAUUGCAGCUCUACCUUGAUAGUGACAAUCUAUCCAUUUUUCUAAGAGGACUCAAUGACAGUUAUGUGUCUGUUCAAUCACAAAUUAUGAUGAUGAAACCCCUACCUUCUGUUGAUGAAGCCUUCUUGAUAAUUCAACAGCAGGAGAGGAGGCUCAACAAUGGGAUUUUAGGCUCUUUAGCCCAGCCAACAGACAAUCAAAAUGCAGGGAGUGUGUUCUUGAGUCAGGCAGCAAGUGGUAACUCAGGCUCUAAAAAGUUCUACUCUAAUGGGAACAAGAAACCUGUUUGCACUCAUUGUGGAUUUACUGGACACACAGCUGAAAAGUGUUACAAAAAACAUGGGUACCCUCCUGGUUGGAGGCCAAGAAGUAAGAAUGCAGGGGCAACCAAUCAGGUUCAACUGAUCAGCCAACCAGAAGACACCAUCUCUCUGUCUCAAAGCGAGUACAUGAUGCUCAAACAGCUACUGCAGAAAGAGAAUACCAUCCAAAACUCACCAUUGGAUAUGGGAAUUACAUCUCAACCACAGGCCAACAUAAUCUCUGCAAACUUUGUUCCCAAUGCCCAACUUGAAGGUACACUUCUGUCAUCUCUUAAUCAUAGUAAAAUACCUUGGAUCUUGGACAGUGGGGCUACCCACCAUAUUGUUUGCAGCCACCACAUAAUGACAGAAGUUAAGAAAGCCCAAGGGAUGUAUGUUGAGCUCCCUAAUGGCAGUAAAACUGCCAUCACACACAUAGGAACAAUCCUUGUGUCAGAUAAACUCAUCUUGCAGAAUGUAUUUUGUGUGCCUGAAUUCCAUUAUAAUUUGGUAUCAGUCAGUGAGCUGAUCAGAAAUUCCAAAUGUCAGUUGUUGCUAUAUUCUGAUACAUGCAUCAUACAGGAUCAAGUUGGGAAGAUGAUUGGAAUGGCUAAAUUGGAAAGGGGCUUGUACCACUUGAUGCAGCCUGCCUUUUUUGCCUAA